UGUUACUUGUUUCCCACACGUUCAGAAAAUAAUUUGGACUCUUUUGAAGCCAGCCAAAUGACAAACCGACGAGGUUAUGAGGCCAAGUGUCUGAGACCUGAGGUUGGGCAAGAGUACUACUGAAAGACCAUUGAUUUACAUUCGUAGGAGAACAGCAGACACCGUUUCGUAGUCCACAACAAGGUAGCUGUGCAGCGCUUUCAUUCUACGUGAUGCCUGCUUUCCUGGACAUCUAGGCUUUUUGUUGACAGCCUACUUCGCAUUGGUUGCUCGCUUGUGUGCUUGAAUGAAGGCUCAAUUGUGCAACCGUGCAGUUGCAAAUGUGCUCCACAAUGGACAGGAUACGAUUGCUCAGAACCAUGUGGCGGUAACCUUUCUUUGGUCACUGGUCAUAUAACGUCACCAUAAUUUCCAAAGAAUUACAAAAAUUAUGAAAACUGUAGUUGGAUUGUCGAAGUGCCUCCAGAAUCUACCGUCGUUCUGUCGUUUAAAUCCUUUGAUCUAGAAAGAUUUAUCGAUUAUGUCAAAGUUUACAAGGUAGAAACAACUGAAUCUGAACCGGUCGGCAAAUAUACCUCAAACGAAAUUCCGUUUGAAACAAUUAUGGAAAAGUCGUUUCUAAUAGUAUUUACAACCGACUCCUCAGUCACUCGUCAAGGAUUUUCUCUAUAUUGAAAUAUAUAUAAAGGCUACAUUCCCAGAUUCUUAAAAGCAACCGAUAGAAACCAUGUCCACGUCACAGUAAUUAAAGGAAACAAAGUUAGCUUUCUCUGUGAUGCUAUCGGAAUUCCCAAACCUCAAAUUGUCUGGAAAAAGGACGGUCUUACGAUUGCUAAAAAUAGAAAGCUUUUUGUCACACAAAGUGGGAGUGAGCUUAUCUUUUCUCGUGUCAACGAAACGGAUACAGGUUGGUACACGUGCGAGGCAGGAAACUACUUUGGGAAGACACAGAGGAGUUAUCAACUAACAGUUCAUGUUUUCCCGGUCAUUAUUCAAAUGCCGGUCAGUAUUUAUCUUGAACCAUUCGUUCCAUACACUGAGCAAGCAGCAUUUUGGUGCAAAGUGUAUGGCAUUCCUGAGCCUGAAGUCAACUGGAAAAAGGUUACAAGCUAGUUCUAAUGAAUAAUAGCAAUUACAUUUGUUCUGGUUUAGGAUGGGAUAUCAAUAGAUACUUUAAGCUUUGACUAUACAAAAGGAAGGCAAUGGUUGCUAAUUAGAAAUGUUGAUCACGUUCAUCUUGGAAACUACUUCUGUUAUGCUAAAAACUCAUUGGGUCAAGUAGAGUCAAUUGCAGCCACGUUAUAUGCGUCAAAUACUACCGGCUUAUUGCAUUAUGUCUAUUAAUUAUCGCCCUUCGUCUGUUCCCAUGUACCCAAGUGCUGAAAUUGAAAUAACUUGCGAUUUGAUUUUUGGAUACUGCGACGUCGAUCUCGGAAAGGCCAAAAUUUACAGAAACGGAAUUUAUGUGAAUACUUCAACUGAUGACCGAUUUGUUCUCGAUGAAUCCAUACACGAUAUUAGAAUUUUUGUUUCAAAUUUAACUGAAGCCGAUGUCGGAAUAUACGAAAUACGGUUGGUCGAUCACGGCGUUUCUUGGUUUACUUUCAUCGACGUUCCAGGUUUACCCGUCACACUUAUAACAUCUAAAAAGGAAGACUGGAAAAGUUUUUACGACGAAAGAACUAUUACCUGUCAGUCUAGGAUCGUCAAUCCAAAACCCAUGUUUGUCUGGUACAAAAAUGGUGUUGCUAUAAAUACCUCGGGCAAUGGAUACAAAAUCUCUGCUGACUAUUUCAAGAGUUAUCUGACAAUACAAUACUAUUCGACUAAGCAAAGAGAUGACGUUUUCAACUGCACAGCAAUUAAUCUUGUGGGAAGCAGUACAGCAAGUACUAGAGUGACCUUUCAAGAGAUCGAAGGAUGGUUAGAGUCAAAUAGAGGUUCUCAGUGCAGUUUAUCGUGUGGAUCGGGUUAUGGCAUCACACUUGUACAAAGACAAUGCAGCACCAGUAGAGUCCGGUGUUUAGGACCAGCUGUAUACGCAGAUGCAUGUCGACCGCAAAAUGCAUGUCCAACUUAUGCAUCAACAGUAGCUUCACUGACAUCUUUGAUUUCAACUGGGAAUGUAAACACAUCACACAACGUUACGACCACCUCACAAGAGUUGCAUUUUACUCAUGAUAUAAGUACAACGCAAGAUGUAGCUGGCGAACAAGAGUUGUCUCAAAGAGCUGUGGCUGGUAUAUCCGUGACUGUGACGGCCAUCAUACCAGUUCUUAUUUGCGUGAUUAUUUUCUAUUUCGUUGUGCAUCGUCGUAGACAACUUUCUGCAAGCAAUGUAGCUACCUCACCGGACAUGCCGACGGAAUUUCCCUCUCGCAAAUCACUACACGAUGACUCCAGAGCCGAUCAAAACACACCAAUUGGGAUGCUGUCGUUUGCUAAUGCUGCAGUCAUUGAAAGUGAAAGCUCGGAUUUGAAACCAGUAGAAACGUAUGAAGUGGUAGAAAACGUACAAGACAUGAAGAGUAACCCUGCAUACGGUGAUGUAAGGUCCGAAGGCGGUGAUGAAGAAAACAUAUAUGAAACACCAAGUGCAAUGUACGUGCCAAUGCAGGCAUCUGCAAGAGAUACAAAUAAAAAAUUCUGAUGCAUCGCUAUCUUGAUACAAACUUUGUUGGAGUCAACCACUGUUGUCGUAUUAGCGCUGAUAGCUUUAGACAUCGCUGCAGUUAUUGUGUUGUAAUUUCUUUCAUUUAACGUAUAAUUGUAUACGGCAGAUGAAACAGUAAUGUUGACAAAUGUACGUUUUGAUUGAUAGGAUAUGUUUGCUUACCGUUUGUGAGCGUUUUUUCAAACAUGGAUUGGCAAGAAAAUUAGAACCAACAGUGUAGCGGUGCAUUUGU